CUACUGGGGACAUUUUAAAUGAGCAAACUGUGAUAAAGGGGUCGGAAAGUCGAGAACACGGAGCUAUUAUUCCCUAGAAUAUCUAUCCAUUACAGAUGUUCAUGCAUAUGUUAGUUUACGCCUAAAAUGAUACAGAGAGCACACACAUGAGGACAGUUUUGAUCCAGGUCAAUCGCCCCUGUUCAUCACCUAGCAACUGCCACUUCAGAGACACUGCCUCUGGCCCCGCCCUCCAGAGAUGACUGAUGCCCAGAAGGCCAACGAGCUCCCUGAAUGCCCCUUAGAGGAUGGGGCCACUGCAGAAGAGCAAGAGAUGCCACUGAGACAAGAGACCAUGCCUACCGGCUCUCCGGUGGGUGACGAGCCAAUCAGCUCACAGAAUCCUGAUAAACAGCCCACCCCUGGGCUUCUAUCAAUGCCCUGCUUACUGAAGGAGCUCCACAGAGACUCUGACUCCGGGCAGCCGGCGGAAACGGAACGGCCUCCGAUCACCACUCAACCCUAUCCACAAGAAGACAGCGAUUCGUCUGUAUGCCUGAGAUCACCCUCCUCGUCCGGUCACCUUGGCGACUCUGACACGCUUUCGUCUGCGGAGGAAGUGACAGCACCCACCCAAAAUGCUGGCAGGAAGUCGCGGCGGUCGCAUUCUGAAAGUGACACGUCCUCCGUCGCCAUGGCAGCCAAGAAGAACCGUUGCCAGGAAAAACAGGUGAAUGGGCGUGUCCGCGUGAGAGGGCCGCGCAGCCAGCGGCAGAAGCUGCGCAUGCGACAGCUGCGACAGAAACGCGAGGCGGCGGCCAGACGCAAACCAGACGUGCUCCAAGACAGCAGUACCAGCGACAGUGACAUCACAGCCCACUCCUCAUCAUCCUCGCCGUUAACGGCCUCAUCCGACAACGAGGGAGAGACAAUCAACUCUCACGCACCAGCUGGUCAUCGUCGAGCCGAGAGUUCCGGAGCUUCAGUGCUUGGGCUGGGCCAACUCAACGUGGGUGUGGCCAGUGGAAGUCUGGGCGGAGUCUUGGAGGAAGCUCUUACGCGAUUCGCCGCGAUGCAGAGGCAGACCGAGGAGCGCUUUCGCGUGUGGAUGGAAAGAUUGACCCGCCUCCACUCCGACGACGACCUUUCAUCCAGUGAAAAUCCUGAGGGAAGGAGCCACGUUAGCUCGUUCCUGCCGUCAUCUGAGUCGCAGGAAACGCUGGCGGCAUAUCAAAUGGCCCGAAUCAACGCUAACACAGUCCAGCCUGCACACACCGCUGGCCUCAAUGGAAACGUGGACUCAUCUGAACCAAACGUUUAAGGAACAUUACCGCUUGUUAUACACUAAGAACUGCGACGAAUUCAAGCAUACUGAAGUGGAGGCUCACAACUAUUUUUUUUAUCUUGCAUUAAAACUCUCCUAAUGUUUCUUUAUUCUCUCUUUAUAUUAAAGGCUUAGUUCACCCAAAAUUAAAAUUGUCAUCAUUUACUUACCCACACCUCCAGUGUAACAACUGACAACAAGCACUAUAAAAGUAGUCCAUAUGACUCCUGUACGAUAUUCCAAGUUUUCUGAAGCCAUUUGAUAGUGUGGUGCGAGACUCAAAACUAUUCACUUGUCAUCUCACCCUUCUCUGAAGCUCUGAAAUACCCUACUAAAGGGUGAGUAAAUAAUGACAGAUUGGUUUAUUUUUGGGCGAACUAUUUCUUUAACAUCUUCUGUCUCUCAUUGAAUUGACUUUUCUCGUUGUUGUUGUUUUAUUCGCAUCUCAGGGGUGCCCUCCAGAGUCAGUGCCUUUGCCAUUUGCUCUUGUCUUUGGAAGAGCCAAUUCUUCAAUCCAGCUAGAGAUGAAUCAUUUGUCUUGCCCAUUUAUUAAUGACAAAGACAUUUUUCUGAGAGACUUUUGAUUCGACUACCAUUUGUGUUUUUGUCUCAUGAUAUAUUUUCAUCUAGAAUAGGUGGGCUGGCUUGUUUACUAAAAAACCCUGAUCUUUUUGUGUUAUGGCUUGUUUUACCUUAUCAUUGAAUUACUUCCAAAGUGGAAUAUGCAUGAUAUAAGCUGAAAGUGGAGAGCUGUAAUGUAAUGACAGCCUACUCAUUGGAUUUAAUGCUAAAUGCUAACCUGGGACUCACACGAAUGGGCAACUGACCAUUUAACACUAAUAUUAACAGUCCAUGCUGCACUUGCAAUAAACAUGGGUGAUUCUACUUAACAAUGCAGAAAUUGUAGAUUUUCAAUUUUGUUUUUUUAAACAUGUCAUGCUCGCACAACUGCACACCAUUUUUCGAUCUGAUUAAGGGUGAUUUUCAUAAACUUUCUCUGGGUCAUGUUUCACCUGAAAAUAAAUAUAUUGCAUAAAGAAAAUGAAGACUAUGUUUAGGACUACUAAAAUUUGACGCAUCAUAACAAUUAAAGGAAUAUUCCGGGUUCAAUACAAGUUAAGCAUAUGUGGAAUUAUGUUGAUUAUCACAAACAUGUAUUUCGACUCGUCCCUCCUUCUGGGUGACAGUGAGGCACUUGCAAUGAAAGUGAAUGGAACCAAUUUUUGGAAGAAAUGUGAAGCUUGUAUUUUGAUAAAAGCACUUACAUUAAUUCUUCUGUUAAAACUUGUGUAUUAUUUGAUGUGUGAAGUUGUUUUAGGGUUUGUUGACAUUACAUCAUGGCAACGAAGUUACAAAAUUGGCUAUUUGCACAGAAACGGUUAGUAAGUGAUUUUAUCACACUAAAUCAUGUUAACGUACAUAUUGUUUAAGUUUUGUGGCUACACUUUUAAAACAGGAAGUAGUUUAAUGUUUACGGAUUUGCCCCAUUCACGUCCAUUGAAAAGUGCCUCACUGUAACCCAGAUUUGAUUUUUUGAUUUUUAAAGAAAAGUAAAUGUUUGUGGUUAAGCCACACAUGCUUUUGAUUGAGCUUUACUUGUAUUGAACCCGGAAUAUUUUCUUAUAAACACAUUUUCAUUUCAUUUCUCAUCACCGUAAUGCAUCCUGUAGUUUUACUUUUCAGUGUUUAAUUCUUUUUUUCUCAUUCGAUUAUUCCUUUAAGCAAUACUGUUAAAUGAUCAAGACACAAUAGUUUUUUUUUUUCAUCAUAAAUUAGUACAACAAAUACUACCAUGAUGUAAAUGCUUAACACUUCAAAUAUGAUAAUAUCUCGAAUGAUAUUUCUAAAAAAAAAAAAAAAUCUAAAUAUUUUUUCAUGUUCUAUUUCUUAUUUGUCUUGAAAAUCGAUGUCUCAAUGCCAGUUUAAUUGAUUUUAAUGCAAAGUAAAAUUAUAAUGCAAAAUCUAUUUGUCUUUGCGAUUUGGGGAGAAAUAUGACCUGGAAAUGUUCUCGAUAGGCUAUGUGACUCACAUAAGUCGUGCUUCCUACAUACUACUACGAACAAGUAUACUCAAACGUUUACUGUAGUCACUGUUGUCAGCUCACAGGAGAACUUGAAAGUUGUUUACUGCUUUACUGUACACUGUGUGAAGGAGAAUGUUUACUUUUUUGCGUGAAGCUAACAGGCUGCUAAAUGAUUACGUUUAGUGUGUUUAGAUGGAGGAGUGAAUUUCCUUUAUGUAAUUGUUAGAAAGUUAUGAGUGAAUAUCUGAAUCAAGAAUUGACUAAGCAGAGAUGAGGGCCUUUUUUUUUUUCUUCUUUAUUAUUACAUUGAUUUUUA